CCCAUUUCUUACAACACAAACCAAAACGAGAAAAACUAACCAACCUAAAGCGUUGGUAGAGAAAAGGCAAAUCACAAUGAGAUCUUCCUCUAGGAUGGGGCCUUCAGCCCAUCCCAUUUACGCUCUAGGUGUUAUCAUCAUGGCAACAAUGGUUGCAGCGUAUGAACCACUCACGUAUAGCUUGCCUCCUCUCCCAUCGUAUUCACCAUCUCCGAAAGUAGAAUACAAUACUCCUCCUCUGCCGAAUGUCUACAAUUCUCCAUCACCACCACCAUACUACUCUCCAUCGCCAAAGGUAGACUAUAAGUCUCCUCCACCACCAUAUGUCUACACUUCUCCUCCACCACCACCAUAUUAUUCACCGGCACCAAAGGUUGAGUACAAAUCUCCUCCACCACCAUAUGUCUAUAGUUCUCCACCACCACCACCAUACUACUCACCAUCUCCAAAGGUUGAGUACAAAUCUCCUCCACCACCAUAUGUUUACAGCUCUCCACCACCACCUCCUUACUACUCACCAUCCCCAAAGGUUGACUAUAAAUCCCCUCCACCACCAUAUGUUUACAGCUCUCCACCACCACCACCAUACUACUCACCAUCUCCAAAGGUUGAGUACAAAUCUCCUCCACCACCAUAUGUCUACAGCUCCCCACCACCACCACCAUACUACUCACCAUCUCCAAAGGUUGAGUACAAAUCUCCUCCACCACCGUAUGUCUACAGCUCCCCACCACCACCUCCAUACUACUCUCCAUCACCAAAGGUAGAUUACAAGUCACCUCCACCACCAUAUGUCUACAGCUCUCCACCACCACCAUACUACUCACCAUCUCCAAAGGUUGAGUACAAAUCUCCUCCACCACCAUAUGUCUACAGCUCUCCACCACCACCACCAUACUACUCACCCUCUCCUAAGGUUGAGUACAAAUCUCCUCCACCACCGUAUGUCUACAGCUCUCCACCACCACCACCAUACUACUCACCAUCUCCAAAGGUCGAGUACAAAUCUCCUCCUCCACCGUAUGUCUACAGCUCCCCACCACCACCUCCAUACUACUCCCCAUCACCAAAGGUAGACUACAAGUCCCCUCCACCACCAUAUGUCUACAGUUCUCCACCACCACCAUACUACUCGCCAUCUCCUAAGGUUGAAUACAAAUCUCCUCCAGCACCAUAUGUCUAUAGCUCCCCACCACCACCACCAUACUACUCACCCUCUCCUAAGGUUGCGUACAAAUCUCCUCCACCACCGUAUGUCUACAGCUCCCCACCACCACCAUACUAUUCACCAUCUCCUAAAGUUGAAUACAAAUCUCCCCCACCACCAUACGUCUAUAGCUCUCCUCCACCACCACCAUAUUACUCACCAUCUCCUAAAGUAGACUAUAAGUCUCCACCACCACCAUAUGUUUACAGUUCUCCACCCCCACCAUACUACUCUCCAUCUCCUAAAGUAGACUACAAGUCUCCCCCACCACCAUAUGUCUACAGUUCACCACCACCACCCCCAUAUUACUCACCAUCACCAAAGGUUGAGUACAAGUCUCCUCCUCCACCAUAUGUCUACAGUUCUCCACCACCACCAUAUUAUUCACCAUCUCCUAAGGUUGUGUACAAAUCUCCUCCACCACCAUAUGUUUACAGUUCUCCUCCACCACCAUACUAUUCACCUUCACCAAAGGUACACUACAAGUCUCCUCCACCACCAUAUGUGUACAGUUCUCCACCACCGCCACCAUAUUACUCACCAUCACCUAAGGUUGAAUACAAGUCUCCUCCUCCACCAUAUGUCUACAGUUCUCCACCACCACCAUAUUAUUCACCAUCUCCUAAGGUUGUAUACAAAUCUCCUCCACCACCAUAUGUUUACAGUUCACCUCCACCACCAUACUAUUCACCUUCUCCGAAGGUACACUACAAGUCUCCUCCACCACCAUAUGUUUACAGUUCUCCACCACCACCAUACCACUCACCUUCCCCUAAAGUACACUACAAAUCUCCUCCACCACCAUAUGUCUACAGCUCUCCACCACCACCAUACUACUCACCAUCUCCUAAAGUUCACUACAAAUCACCACCACACCCACAUGUGUGUGUAUGUCCACCACCUCCUCCAUGCUAUUCCCCUUCACCAAAAAUAAUAUACAAAUCUCCUCCACCACCAUAUGUCUACAACUCUCCACCACCACCAUACUAUUCACCUUCCCCUAAGGUGUACUAUAAGUCUCCACCACCACCAUAUGUUUACAGUUCUCCACCACCACCAUACUACUCACCUUCCCCUAAAGUGUACUACAAGUCUCCUCCACCACCAUAUGUUUACAGUUCCCCACCACCACCACCAUACUACUCGCCGUCACCUAAGGUAGAAUACAAAUCUCCACCGCCACCAUAUGUUUACAGUUCUCCUCCACCACCAUACUACUCACCUUCUCCUAAGGUGUACUACAAGUCUCCUCCACCACCAUAUGUUUACAGUUCUCCACCACCACCAUAUUACUCACCUUCCCCUAAGGUGUCCUACAAGUCUCCUCCACCACCAUAUGUUUACACCUCCCCACCACCACCACCAUACUACUCACCUUCUCCUAAGGUUGAGUACAAGUCUCCUCCACCACCGUAUGUCUACAGCUCUCCACCACCACCACCAUACUAUUCCCCUUCCCCUAAGGUUGAGUACAAGUCUCCUCCACCACCGUAUGUCUACAGCUCCCCACCACCACCAUACUAUUCACCAUCUCCUAAAGUUGAGUACAAAUCUCCUCCACCACCGUACGUCUACAGCUCUCCUCCACCACCACCAUACUAUUCACCAUCUCCUAAGGUAGAGUACAAGUCUCCUCCACCACCAUAUGCCUACAGUUCCCCACCACCGCCUUAUUAUUCUCCUUCUCCAAAAGUUGAGUACAAAUCUCCACCACCAUCACCUUCGUAUUACUGAAAACCAGUAAAUGUGUUUCUUAAAUAAAUAUCAAGUUUUAUUUGAGUUUAUGUUUCUUUUACUCAUUAUCCAAAAUGUAUGCAAUCAAUUUCAGUUUUCCUGGGAAUGUUGUUUGCAAUACCUUCAUAUGUUUUAUGUUUUCCCUUUAUUUGAUUUUUGCAACGAUCGCUUGGCGGUCUAUUUGUAACCCUAUGCAAAUUGUGUUAUGUAUUGUGUAUUCUUGACAUGGUACUUCUGGAUACCUAUAUAAUCCUAUUAACA